UUCCGUCUCUCUCUCCCCUCUCUCUUUCUCUUUUCCUCUAAUUCUUCUUUCUUUUCUCUCGCUUUUUUGAAUUCUCUUUUUUUCAUUAAAUGAGCAUUUGACACGUACGUGCGUAGCGAGCCAAUACACUGACACAGUAAAUGAGCGAAGCCCGAACGUUUUUAUCGGCGCACUAUUUUCUGGCAUUUUCAAUAAUUACAGAAUCGGGAAAACUGCAUUUGAGAUCGAAUCGCAUAGUGUCGUGUGGAUUUUCGAACAUUUCUCACUGCAAUUUCUACUCUGUCGCAAUCGAUCGAUCGGGCUCGAAUAAAACUCGGUGUUUUUUCCAUUUCACUGCCGAGCCACACGCUCGUUUAAUCGACCUCACAAACAUGCUUGAUCUCGGGCGUUGAUUAUUCGCUCGUUUGAAUUUAUGAAAAAUUUCUUGCGACCUCGAUGCCUGUCAUUAUCGACGCGAAUUUACAGUAUUUCUUGUCCCACACGACGCGAGGACACCACUCGCGACACAACAGAGUGCGCAGAGAGAGACUGCUUUUGUAAACGAUGAGAGCUUUUCUAUCGGCCUCGUGUCUUAGACGCAGAGAUUUCGAUGAUCUUAGAGACAAGAGGACGCAACGAAACUUCGACAUUUCGUUAAAGUUACGCCCCCUUUUUUCUCACGUCGCAUCGAUUCAUUUGUGUAGCUGCAGUUCCUUCGCAUGUGCCGAUAAACAGUCACUCUGUGCGCGGUCCGCAUUGGAUAUUAUUAAGGGAAACCGUUCACGUGUGUGUUUUAACAUGACAACGCGAUCUGUCGCUCCGAAACCGUGACAGCGCGCUUCCCGGCUUCGUUUCGACAGCUGUAACAAGAUCGAAUGUGGUGGUCGAGUAUACCGAUAGACCGAGAAGCUGAAGAAGAAGAAGAAGAAGAAGAAGAAGAAGAGAAGACGGAGAAGGAGAAAAGAGAGAGAGGAAAAAGGUCAGCAUCGAAAGUUCACACUGAGGCGAGAGUGCACAACAAAGAUUUGUUUAAAUCGUCCAGACUGGCACGAGAAAGAAAAUAUUUGACAAAAAGGGGUGAUUGUCGGUGAUGGACAAUGAGCAACCCCAUCAGGAGCUGGUCAAGUGCGUCGUUGUGGGGGACACCGCAGUCGGCAAGACCAGGCUGAUUUGCGCAAGAGCCUGCAACAAACACGUGUCACUGUCUCAAUUGCUCACCACCCACGUGCCCACCGUCUGGGCCAUCGACCAGUACCGAAUUUACAAGGACGUGUUGGAAAGAUCGUGGGAAGUGGUCGACAAUGUAAACGUCUCGCUACGUCUGUGGGACACUUUUGGCGAUCAUGAAAAAGAUCGGAGAUUUGCUUACGGCAGAUCGGACGUGGUGCUCUUGUGCUUCUCAAUAACGAAUCCAGUGUCUCUGAGGAAUUGCAAGGCCAUGUGGUAUCCGGAAAUCCGACGGUUUUGUCCACAAACUCCGAUUCUUCUCGUCGGAUGUAAAAACGAUCUUCGUUACAUGUACAGAGACGAGACGUAUCUCAGCUACUUUCGAGAUCGCAGCCCUUUCGUGAGGGCGACUCGUAAAAGUGAUCUCGUGAUGCCGGAUCAGGCGAGAGCAGUUGCUCGAGAACUCGGUGUUUCUUACUACGAGGCAAGUGUAUUUACUUAUUACGGUGUCAAUGAGGUAUUCGAAAACUCGAUUCGUGCAGCGCUCAUCGCACGACGACAGCAAAGGUUUUGGAUGACGAACCUCAAGAGAGUGCAAAGGCCUCUUCUUCAGGCGCCAUUCUGUCCGCCAAAACCAAUACCACCGGAAGUGUGUCUCGCCCCGAGCUCCUACGAGGAAAACAUGAAAACUCUUUGGAUGCGACCGGUCCACACGGACGUGAAUCUCAUCGCUGGUAACUGUUCUUUCUCGGCCCAUCGCUGUCUUCUCGCUGCAGCAUCUCCCGCGUUUCAUCGUCUCUUUUCAAUGGAACUCGUGCAGGAAUUAACACCUCGAAGUUCUAGCGAAUCGAGCAUGGUCAGCACUUUCGGAGAAGCCACGGUCGGCGAUUUUAAUGACGACACCGAGUGCCUCAUACGAAAUGAUCAAUCCAAACCUGCAAAAGUCUGGGAACAGCUGAAACGAAGAUCGAGCUUUCAAGUAUUGCCAACAUUGGACAACCAGAGAAAAUCAGCUGGUGCAACGCGAGAACUCAGUCAUCCGGCGUUUCAAAAUAUCCGUGUAACUCUUGCCGAAAAUUCGAACGGAGUUCAGCAGCCAACGACGCUGGUGACGCUGUCGAAAUUGAUAACGCCACAAGCUCUCCAACAAUGUCUGCAAUUCAUAUACACCGGAAGUUUAGAUAAAAGAUACCACGAUUUGCAGGAAAUUAGACAGGCUGCGGAAUUCCUUGAACUGCCACAACUGAUGAUGGUUCUUGAGAGUAUACCGACGAGAGCACAGUUCAUGAAUAGCGAUCUCAAUAAUCAAUAUAAACAGGUGGUGAGGCAAAGACUCGAAGACAUUUGUCUGGAGCAAGGUCUAUUUGCUGACGUUAUGUUCGAGCUCGAUGAUGGGAAUAUGCCAGCUCACAGAGCUAUACUGACUGCCAGAUGCGACAUGAUGAAGGCAAUGUUCUCCGGAGAUUUUCGUGAAAGCAGUGCCAAAGUUAUAGUUUUUCCUGGUGUACGAGAGUACACGUUUCACAAGUUACUAUGUUACUUGUACACCGACGAGGUUCCAGCGAUAUCUUCAGCCAGAUGUCUGAAUCUGCUGGAACUUGCAAACAGGCUGUGUCUUCCUCGUCUCGUUAAUCUUGUUGAGAAUCGAGUCAUUGAGGAUCUCGACAGGUUGUCACAAAGCGACGGUAACGAGGCUGUGGAAAAUUGUUUAAGGCUGUUGGAACCGUGCAAGCUGCACAACGCUGAUCAAUUAGCCGACUGGUGCAUGAAUCAUCUAUCCGUUAAUUAUAACAAGCUUUGCAAAAUGUCACCGCGAAGCGUUAGGCUACUUCAUCCAGAGAAUCAAGAAUAUCUCAGUGAACAUCGGUGGCCACCGGUUUGGUACCUCAAGGAUUACGAUUAUUAUCAAAAAUGUCUGGCAGAGCAAGACAAAGAAAACAAACCAACGUUGAAGAGGAACCGCAAUCAAUCGGGAUGUUUGUGUUUUUCGGGUUCGACGAAAACUCGUCGAGAAACAGUUGGUACGAGCUCGUCGAGCGAAACGCCAGCCGAUCGUCCGCUCUUCGACCCGACGAACGAAAGCAUCGAGGCUGUAUGACAAGAGCCAAGCGGCAUAAGCCGCUCUUUCAGAUUCAUUCUGAUCUUACCCGUGCUAAUAAUAUUCAUCUGCACUAUUUUUACUAUUUUGAUACUGCUACAGAUUUAUACUUAAGAGUUCCGUGAAAAAGGAGAAGAAAAAGACCGGAAAAUAAUAGCCUACGACUUCGCAGUCGAUAAGUCAAUAUACACAUAAUUAGCAGUGUAUACGUGUGGAGAAAAAAAGAAAAGUCGCCGGAAAACGACGCGUCCAGUUAAAAGAAAAAAAGGAGAGAAAAUCCCGAGUAUUACGUUGUACAGAAUUUUUUGUGAAAUGAAACGAUAAAUAAUAUGAGAGGAAAGGAAAGUAGAACAUUUUGAGAUUGUGACAGGCGACGAAAAUCGUCAAGGGUGAUCAUACCAUGUGAUUGCUGGGUAUCGGGAACUCAAAUAAUCGUUGUUUCGACGACCCGAAUUGGCGUCUUCGUGGAAAAACCAAGUUUAGCCUGGAACGUUCCGCUUCGUUCGAUUCCGAUCACCUCUUUCUCUGAGACACUCGCACCUUUUUGGGCGAAUACGAACAUUUGUUUUGAGUCCUUAACGUUCCGCAAUCGACAUAUAAUGACGGUAUUCAUCGAAAUAAUCGACAAGUGCAAAAAAUAAUCUGAUUUCACUCUAUACAAGCGUUCGCUGAGACGUGUACUUAAUAUUUCAUUGUACGGUCAUCUUUAAAAAAGACAAUUUUUGGAAAAAAAAAACCAACAGACGGUUCCAUAUCGUUAAAAUUUUAUACUCGCAGUGAUAGAUGGUAUUUUAAUAACUUUAUUCAAAGUGAAUAAAAAACAUUGUGAGAAUGAAUAUGUGUUAAAGAUAAAAUCUCAAAAUUUUCAACAUUUGUGUAAAUAUUAUGACCGAUAGGUGGCCCCGCGUUGAGUUCCCGAAAUCCUCCCGUUGCCUCUGUGACACAAAGGUUUUCACACGUAUACAAGCGCGACCUUCUACGGUCAAGGACCGACAAAAUAACCCAGUAACCAGUAACGUUCCACAUUAAUGGAGAUUGGGUUUGUUUGAGGCGAUGUAUUAGGCGUAUCAGCCGUCUUGUGAAACUUAAAACUGUGAGAUUUCAGAAAAGUUUUCAGAAAAGAUCUAAAAAGUUUCUUGUGUUUCUUUCAGGGCGUAUAAACGGUUGUAACACGUCUAGAGAUUAUUUUCUAGACAGCCAUUAAACCGACAGAAGUGUCUUUGGAGCCGUCAUUGCGGUUUUUCUUUAGACACAGUGAAUUCAAAAUAACGUUUGCGUGUCAUUUCAAAUUCCAAAUUGUACUUAUGCAUUCGUAAAGAUGCACAGCUUCAAAUAAUCCAAAAGUUAUUUACAUUAUUUGAUAAUUUUCUGGAAAUUGCUUACUGGGUCAAUUGUUUGAAACAAGGCAACUAAUUUUGUUUAAAAACAAGACAAAUAGUAUAUCGAAUGGAAUGACAGUUGUUUUGAAAUGAGGUUAAAUCAAUAGUCUUUUUCGAUAAUGUGUUUAAAUAAACAUAAUGUGGAAACGAGGUAAAAUGAACAAACUCGGUUUCUUUGUGGUGUCAUUUUUUAUUCUCUUCGACAAUAUUGAAGUUUUCAAUUAACUCUCGCGAUCCUGACAUGAAAAUAGCAAAAUUAAGCUGAGUUUCGAUUCUCGUCGAUUGAGUCGUUCCGAAAUAUUCAGGUUUUCGAAUUCGUAAAUAUCCUUCACCUCUGGCGGCUCGAUCGGAAUAAUACAUUGCCUUAAAAUCAUCGAAAAUACGGUCACGUGAUACUGAACAAUCUUAGCGCCCACAAUUAGGUUAAAAUGUACACGAAUACGUGAUAGAAAAAUCGCUUGCGAUCCUCGAAUCGGGGAAGCCAUUUUGAGCAUAAAAAUAAAUAAAAAAUAAAAAAAAGAAAAGAAACGUAAACAAAAAAGAUAACGAAACAUGUCCUAACGCCAACACUCAUUUACAUCAAUUACGAACAAUGACACGAGUAAGUUGCGUCUAUGACGAUAUAAAGACGCAACGAUUUUAUUAAAAUACAAAAUUUUUUCAACUCUGAUGAAUAUUCGCAUCGCACAAUUUCUCAUUGAGAACGCUGUUUUUAAGAUUUUCGCGAUUGUUCCCCCGCGAGUCUUUUUGUUGAAGGAUUUUAUUGUUGAAUUAUGAUGCAUUUUUUGAGGUUGUCUCGUGCAUAUAUUUCCUGACGAAUGUCUCGGUUCGUGGAAAUCAAUAAAAUAUCCGGUGUACGGAGAAAAAAAAAUUCUCGAAUCUGUAUCAGUAAGUAUUCUGCAGUCAUCGAUUGUUUCGUUUUCAAAGUGUCACAAAGGUAUUGACAGAUUGAGGAUUCCGUCAGAAAUGCAUACACGAAACAUCCUUGAAAAACCAAUAUUCUGUGUUGUUAUGACGCGUGAUCGAAAAAAAGUUCAGGCCUUUUGCGAAAGUUUAUAAUACGAGAGAAAGCAGAAGCUUCGCUAAAAUCAUUUGUAGCCAUUUUUGCAACAAAAGAAAGAACAAAAAUACCCAAAAUAUUUCGUACGAAAUCUAGUCAAAAGCAGUUGCAAAUUUUAUCCCGCAACUAUGAAUUUGUACUGAUCCUCGAGACAGAGAUUUACGAAAAAACGAUAGCGAUUCGCUUUCAGCAGCAUUUUUUGGCUACAUGCCAAAGAGACAUACAAACCUAAUGAGAAAAUGAGAGAAAAAAAAUAGCGACGACUAAAAGGCAUAUCAUUCAUUGAUCAAUUAUAUUAUUAACGAGUCCAAAUAUUUCCCACCGAAUGAACAUUAGUGUUAACAGUGUUGCUGAACGAAUCUCAUAUACUUCCCACGAAAUAAUAAAGGAAAAGUAUUCCCGAACUUGUAAACGUACAUUUGUCGACAGAUUCACAAUUACUAUUGUUAUUAUUAUUAUGUACGACAAAUCUGAUUCUCUCCUAUUUUCCUCAUAACUCGUGUGUCAAGGUGAUCUAGCAGUGGCGUGAUAGACCAUCUUAAAAACCGUGUACAAAAUGUAUUUUUGAACGACGCUUCGUGUCAAAGAACUCGGACGCCCAAGUUCUCUUUCGAGGUUAUGGUAACGAGUGGGCGAAGUCUUUUCGUUCUCUAUUUCUCUUUUUGCGCGAUCCGUUCAAAUACAGUGAAAAGUAAGUUACGGAAAAUAAUUUGAGAUCAGAUAAAAAUGUUUAAAUUUGAUGAGCAGCAUUUCGAAGGGGAAAUGAUGAAUUUAUCUUGAAUUCUUUAACCUCAAUUUAUGACGAUGAAAAUUUCGAUCUGGAAUACGAAAACAAGAACUUUGUGGCCCGGAGUUUAUUUUAAUAAGAUCGAUAGUUUCAGGUGUUUAUUCAACGAACGUCGAGUCAAAAUUGCAUUGUCCUCUGAAAUUGGUUAAUCUAACGAUCUUGAUUUCAAUGAUUAUAAACCACUUUCUUACGAAUUUUCGUUAUACGAAUGUGAUUCCAUCAAAGGCUUGCCCCACAGGCAAUGUAGAGCCCUCAGGUAUUGAAAAAGCAUCGGUCUUCUAAGUGACAGUAUUAUAUAAUUCGAUAGAAAACUAAUGGGAUUUGCAUGGUGGACCAAGCAAAAGGAAAAAAAAAAAAAAAUAGAAAAUUUAGACACGAAAUUUAAUUAUCUUCAAAGUUCGGGUCUCGGAAGAGUGUUUGUGGAAAUGAGCAAAUGAAGCGCCUCUGGCGUCGACUCAUGAAGAAUUCAUCGCUGCAUGCUUUUCAAUUUUGUUAUCUUUUCGUUUUUUACGUUAAAAAUUCGUAAAGAUUUGUCGAACAUUUGGAAGCUUUAGAAUCUUUUUCCCAAUCGUCGUUGGCUUAAAAUUGUAUUCCGGCAUUUCAGUCGUAUACUUUGAAUGCAUAUGUCAUGAGUUUCGUUAGUUAUAAUUUUUCCCCAACGGCAAUUUAUCAGUUGUGAAAAUAGGCGGUCAAUACUGAUAGAUCACCUCAAUCCUUCAUCCCAAAAUCGAAAGCAAUAAACAAUUCUAGGCAUAAUAAAUUUGUACGAACAAAAACGUUUAAAAUUAGGAGAUGUUAGGGGAAAAAUCAAUUGUGUAAGAUGGAAGUGAGAAGAGACUUGGAGUAACUCGAGUCCGGUGGGUGAAAGAAGAAAAUUUUUGUUUUUUGCGCAUCGAGAUAAUUUUCAACGACAUAAACCAACGCAUACAUAGAUGCGCGUGCGCACACACAUACACAUUUACGUUAUCUUUCACCCAGAAAAUAUAUUGCUGAAGGAAAAGGAGGUUUGCAGGAGAGUUAUAAGAUGAUGAAUUAUAUGAUAAUAAAAAAUAAUAGAAUUAAUAAUAAAUUAUAAUAUUGAUAAAAUAUGAAUAAGCGCGAAGUGAAUGAGAAACGAUAACAUGGCGUCUGUGUAACUAGUCCGAAGGGAAGGAAAGAAGGAAAAAAUGUUGCAUAUAUGCGACGAAUGGUGCGCGAUAUAGAUAUAAAUGAAAAAAAAAGUAUAUAAAAAUCUGAUUAGUUCGGCUACGUCAAUUUCGAUGUCAAUGUAAACGUUUAUAAAUCAAACACGUGGACAUUUUCUACUGAUAUAUUGUUAGUGAUGCGAUGAAUCGAUAUAUCUUCCUUGCCUCACCACGCGUUCACACCACAAAAGUGAAAGAAAAACUUACAACAUAAUAUAACGAUAGGAACGGCAGCGGCGCAAACAAAAAAAAACAUCGAUGCAUUUCAAAGAGUCAUAUCAUCGGAUUCGAAAUGUGUAUCCUAAAACUUCGUGCAUUUUUUUGUGAUAAAAUUCCCUGAAUCAUAUUUGCGCGUGAAAGAAAAAGCGAGUAAAAUAAAAACGAAAUCAUUGAAUUUGAAUAAACUAGGGUUUGAAGCAAUAAUAUAAUUGAAGUGCUACACGAUGAGCACAUAUUAGAUCGUAAAUUCCAUAAGAUCAUUUUUCUCUUGUUUUUUAAAAGGAAGGAAAAACAAUGUUUUUCCUGUCAUUUCCAUAUAUUAUAUAGAUGUGUGUAUGUGAAGAUAAUUCGACGCUGUAGAGGCUUUAGUGAGGUUAGAAAUGUUUUACAAGUACGUUCCCAUAAACACUAGAAACUUUGGUCGAUCGGAAUUUGGAAUGGCUGCCUAUUGAAAAUCUGUACAAAUAAAAAAUUUUCUUGGGAAUUUAUGUGUAAAGCAUUUUUAUGAGAGAAAGAAAAGAAAAACUCAGAAUUCGGAUACAUAUAAUUAUUGGAAUUCCAGAGCAGGAAACGAAGAGAGCUAGAGAACAAAGAAAAAGAGAAAUUGAACUGCAGCCACAUUUUUUGCCCCUUAUCCACCAAUCGACAAUCUGAGAAUUAUCUUCUACGAUCGUUUUUUCUACAGAUGAAAAAGUAACUAUCAUAAAAAUAAUUAAAAAUAUUAAUGAAUUAAGAAAGUGAUGGGUUGGUUGUUCCUGAGGUGAGCGUGACGACGCUCUUAGUAGUCACAGUGUCUCAGAAAUGACGUCACACGUGCAUCGAGCAUGCUGUGAAAGAUUUACUGAAAUCAUUAACAGUUGCGAAUGAAAAAUUUAGCAAAAAUAAGAGAAGCGAUGAACUUUUUACAAGCUACGGGUUUAGGGAAGGCCCUAACAUAUAAAUGAUAUGUGAGAAUCGUAACACUCAAUGUCUGGUAUUCAAUUAAGUAUGAGGAAAGAACGAGCGACAACAAAAAGGAACAUCCGAAGCCAACACGAUAAAAAAAUGUUCUCAAAUGUAUAUACGAUUAUUGCGACGUCCCAUAAAACCAUGGUAAAAACAGAGCGAUACGUCCAAUUUUUGUUUGCCUCUUCGAUAUUGUAACAACAUGAAAAUCACUACGAAAAAUAAAAACAAAACAAAAGUAAACAGAUAAAUUUAACAUAAACGAAUCGUGUAAAACAAGCAGAAUAAUAAUGCUCAAAAGAAUUACUGACAUCAAUUUAAAUUUAAGCGCAAGACCCCUCUAUUAAUGAGACACGAAGAUCGAUGAUUCAGGAGAAUCUAACAAAUGUGACACCAGCGUAUUAUUCAAAAAUAAAAAAAUUGAAGAAAAAAAUUACUAAAGAGAAGGACGAUUAAUGAAUAAAGCAUGACUUCAUCGAAUUAUAAAGCAA